AUGGCGGGACUUUGCCCUCCUGGCGGCCUGGAGCAUCUGGAGCUGGGGUGGCUGCGGGACCCGCCGGGCGGUGGCGGCGGAGUCGUCGUCUGCGCUUCUUCUCCUUCUCCUCCUCCUUCGUCUUGCUCGCCGUCGCCGCAACUCUCGUCUUGCUCGAGGCAGGCCUGGAGCCGGGACAACCCGGGCUUCGAGCCCGAGGAGGAGGCGGGCGAAGCGGCCAGGGCGGCUGGCGGGAGCACGGCGGCAGGGCCCGUGCUGCAGAUGGGCGUGGUGGAGUGGGGCUGA